CUUGCCCCUCUGAAUCGUCCUUUGUUCACCUGUCAGAACUGCGGGUCCUCCAACUCCUACGUUCCACUGUGUUUGUGGUGCACGUGGACAUCUUCAGAAGUCUCACAUGCAUUCUGGCAACUGAGGCCUCGAGUACGCACGUUGAGCGCCCCCAGCAGAGAAUUCAACCAUACGACGUCUACACCGGAUUCAACAAACCGUUCAAGCGACGAUGACGUUAAAGAAGAAGAAGACGAUGAUCAGCGCACUAUUGUUUUUUCGACUAAUACUUCUACUACAAAUACCACGAAACGUACCUUUGUAGAUUGUGAUGACCGCCCUUGUUUUGGCACGUCUGUGAGGAAGCAACGUAUUCGCCGAGUUCGACCAUGUCAAGGUCGGUCCUUAACUUCACGCUCGUCACCCAGCUCUGCUGCGAGCGACGGCAUGAGCCAAGUACAAGGCGCAGCAAUGGACGUCGGUCCCGAUUUCCCGUGCACAGUGGCGGACGCUCAGUCGCUCACCCUUCGUCAUUGGCCUUCAGCGGACUGGGCUUCUUUCGAAACAAGGCCCACAAGCGCUCCCACACUUCACCAAAGUUGCAGUCAAGACUUUCUCUCACGAACCUCGUACUUCUCCUCCAAUACCCUCGACAGCUCAACGCAAACCAUCGCUCUAUCUUCAUCGAGUAUACCAGGCGGUUCUGAACGUACGCUUCGACGGAAACAAAGAAUGGUCGUCAUGAAGAAGAAAUCUUCCUGCUCUCUUCGAAGCCGUGCCUCCAUCCCGACCAUGUCCAUUCCUCCCCAAACCCAUGGACGUUCGGUCUCGGAGAACAUCUCUUCCGCAUCCAUGUCUCGAACAUCAGCUCCAUCUGCCGUCGCCAAUUGCAACUCUCAGUCUUCAUUCGCUGAGCCAGACGUUCGCUUAGGACACCCCAGCCGGCCAUACUAUACUGCUAUACGAAAGAAUAUGUCUCGCCCAAGCACGCCAUUCGGGGAUGGGCCCUUCCCCGUGACGCCGCCACGCACACCGGACCCCACCUCCGCCCGCUCAUCUGUCUCUGUCCAACGACCAGCUAUGAGUGCACUCAGCAUAAACAGCGGAGAAAACUCGGACUGGCCGAUGAUGACAACAGGUAGAGACGGCCGUAAGAAGAUGGCGAGGAUCUCGCUGCCUGUGCCCUUGAAGUCGACAAUGGGAGGAGGCUUCUCGAUGAGUGGAGAGGUGGAACUGAGGAUGGCGUUAGCGAGACGAAGGAGCGAGGAAGAACCCCACCGGAUGCAAGAAUAUAAAUUCCACGAGACGCCGAAGAAGGGUAGCGGGAGCGUGAAGGGUAGAGUGAGAAAGUUGGGGAAAGGACUGAAGGAUUUCAUGCUCGGACGAAGUUAAUGAGGCAUGAUGAAUACGGGACGAUGUGACGGCGCUAUGCGUUUUCUUUUUCUCGCCAGGUUUGGACUCAUGACGAUUUCCCCCCCACGAACUUGCACGACAUCAUAUACAUACCCCAUGCUUAUGCGAGUCUCCAAGUGCUCACCUUGCUCACACGUAACAUAAUACCCUUCAUACCUCAUACCUGCCUAUGCUUUCUCUCUACUUACAUCGCUGCUUUAAUUUUUG